AUGCUAGGAGAGUUCAAGUUACAAGCCAUUGUAGACUGUAAGAGCAUCUACGAUCACCUUCAGAACUUCGCAUCCCCAGGCAGCGUCAGCGAUAAGAGAGUCGCCAUAGACCUUGUGAUUGUGAGAGAAACUCUUGCGAGGAUGGGCGGCGUGAUUCGUUGGGCACCGACCUGGUUGCAAUUAGCAGAUGCCAUGACCAAAGAAUCCCCAGAAGCAAUGGACUUGUUGAGAGCCGCAUUGACCACUAAUAAGUAUCACCUAAAUAGUGAAAGCACCAUGAUGGAAGCUGCAGCCAACCAACGGCAGGUUCGCUUGACGAAGAGGGUAGCCACCGAAGGUGUUGCUCAAAAGGUCAAGAACGAAACCGCAGUUAACUUCACACGAGUUGAAGACCCAGCAAUGGUGAAGGUGCCGGUCGACAAGAUCACAGAUGAAGAGAUGAGAACACUCUUCGAGUGUAUGGUCAGUGCCUGCGUUGUCGAUGGAGAAGAGUACUCCAAGAACAUGCAGCAGUCGAAGUCAAUGUGCAAGGCAAGGAUUGCUGCGCAUCAGGUCAAUGGGAAGCAGUUCGGGGGAGAGGACAGCUUGCUGACCUUUACAUACACGAAGUCAACAAAGAUGAUUCAGAUUCAUGGCAAAGCCACGAUGCUUGACAAGGCAGAACAGACGUUGAAGCAGGUCUUGGAGAUCUAUGCCACCGUUCUCCGAAAGGGAGAAGUGAAUCCAUUGCCAGAUGGAUGCCAUCGGUGGGGAACCGCCAUCAAAGAGAGUCUGGAGUGCGGAUCAGUCUCAAGCUUCCUUGAAGAGCUGCGAGUUGAGGACACGGUCAAGGCAGAGAGCUCAGUGAAGGAAGAGAGGAUUCCGAAGCAGAUUCUGGUUCCAGAUAGUGAAGAGUUCAAGGCCGCAGUGGCAGACCUGUGCAACGAAGGAGCUCGCCGUCUGCACAACUUUCCGGCAUGGCGAAACAAGUUUUUGCAAUUCACGCUGCGAGAAUUUAAUGAUUUGGAGACACGGUCAACGCCAGAAUUGCUAGAAUGUCCACUGGUUCUUUGGAUAGGCGAUCACCGUGAGCACCGUCGGGGUGCCGUUCGUCUCCUCAGAGCGACCAUGAAAACUCCCAUUGGGACGAUCUCAACGGCGAAGGCUUCAGGGCGCCUUUUGGUGAAGAAGUUCCUUACGACUGGUGACGACAGGCCCAAGAUCCGACAGCUCGCAGAAGAGUUCCCCACAGUGGCGCUGGCACUCUCCCUGCAUGCGCCUACCCAGGAGCUGCGGCAGCGGUUGCUGCCCAGCAGCGCCAGGCGCUGGCCCUUGGAGACGGUGAUGGAGGCAGUCAAGUACCAUGAAGAGCACGUCGGCCGAGUGCCGAUGUUUGCCUACACCUUGCUGCCGGGCGUGAAUGACUCCGAGGCUGAGGCCAACGACCUGGCCGAGCUUUUGCGACGGCCGGGUGAACAGCGAGCCUUCAUCAACGUGGUGCCCUACAACCCCACAAGCGCGGGCGAGGAAGCAGGCUUUCAGGUGCCGACGCCCACACAGCUGAGAGACUUUCGAUCUUUGUUGCGCUCCUUGGGCUUCCGUGCCACUGUGAGGUGGAGCACGACGGAAGGCCGUGUCAUGGGCGCUGCCUGUGGCCAACUCGCGGCACGUGGGCAGAUGCCGGAGGCGGAGCACACGGUGGAGACCACGAACCGAGCGCCCGGACGAACCGCUGCCCAGCUGACUUGGACGAUCCACCGGGCCACCGCGGAGGAGUUGCUGGUGCUCUUGCAGGAGCAUGAGUCUGUGUUGAAUGGCAUCCAUAUCAGUGCAGCUUUCAUGACGCUGGCUCGUGCCGCGCGGGCAGCGAGAAGGGCCGAGGUGGCCCGCUGGCGUCGGGAUGAAGGCUUUGCUGCGUUGCUCCGACGAGUUCAGGAGCUGGAGGACUUGAGUGCCCAGUGCUUGGCCAACGUCAUCUGGUCCUUGGCCAAGAUCGGCCACAAACCAGGGCACGAGCUCUUGAGUUCUUUGUGCCAGAAGGCGGAGUUCGAGUUGGAGCACUUUUGGCCGCGGAAUCUGGCCAACACCUUGUGGAGCCUUGCACGCUUGCAAGGGGCAGGUGCAGAAUCUUUCUUGGCAGCAGCUGUGCAUCGCUUGCCUCUCAUGGCGGCGAAGAUGACCCCGCCCGAGCUGACCAACAGCUUGUGGGCGCUGGCACGCUUGCGCCUUGAACCGUCCGACAAGGUCUUGGAUGGCGUCACCGCUUCGGCGUGUCCUGAGCGGUGGAAGCCGCAGGACAUCACCAAUGCCUUGUGGGCAUUCUCGGUGCUUCAGUAUCAGCCCUCCAGCGAGUUCAUGCAGGCUUUGACGUCGGAGUCACAGCGGAGACUCUCGCAGUUCAAAGCGGAUGAGUUGGCCCUGUGUGUGCGAUCCUGGUCCCGGCUCUCAGGUUGCCAGGAUGCCUGGCUGCGAGGGGCAGCUCAGCGACUGGCAGAGGAGGCGUCCCAGCUACGGACGGAGCGCUUGGCAGACGCCAUUGGAGCCUUUGCAGACCUCACUGUGAGGCUGGAGGCCAGCUCUGGGCUGAUCCAGCGAUGGGCGGGCAGGCCCGCCUCGUUACCGCCGAAGGCCUUGUUGCUACGCUUGGACUCGUUGGCUCGCAUGGGUCUCCGGCUGCCAGAGGAGGCCUUGGUGGCCUGGCAGGAAGCGGUCCGGCUCCAACUGCCGAAGCUUGAGACGGUUCAGCAGGAACGUGGUUGGCAGGCGGCACGACAGCUGGGUUUGAUGGAGGAGUGCAGCGAAGAGCAAAAAAAUGUCAGCGUAUUGGAUCCUAGCUUCAGCUACCAAAAGACUGCGGAUGGUGAUCAGUGUGUUUCAAUGUUGCCGGGCAAAUCCUGCCGCACGGAUCCAGACGAUGGCGGGCCACAUUCUUCAGUCCUUUUCGCCACGGCCAUCCUCAUCCUCAGCUGUUUGGGCUCCGCACCAAUGUUGCCAUGUACAUUGCUGGGACGCGAGAACUGCUGCAGCGAGAAGAAGACCAGCUUCCCGGAGCCACUGCAGGAGGAGGAGAGUUCUGUAUCCCGGCAGCCCGCGCUCAGCCCGGGUGUGGCCCAGGUCCUCCGGCAGAGCGACCUUCACCUUCAGGUCGACGGGGGUUCUGCCGCCGGUGCGCCCGGACGACGGACCAGCAGCUGCUUCGUGGGCGCACUGAACCCGCGAGAGGAGGAGGAUAUUGACUUGAGGUCUAAAGCUCAGUGCAAGCGAUUGAUUUUGAAUGAACAAGGCGAAGGAGAACACCCAGACCCUUUGGGCCAUCAACUGGGCGUCCUGGUGAAUGCGCGCCAGUGGCCUGCACGGCUCUCCUGGUACUUCAUCGACUAUAUGUCGGUCUACCAAUUCGCCCGCAGCGACCGCGAACAGCAGUGCUUCGACCAGGUCAUGCGGCAGAUGCACGUGCUUUACUCCCACGAUUUCACUUACACCUACCAGAUUGCAGGCUUGACGCCUCAGCACUUGCUGACGGAGGGCGCAGAUGUGGAGGUGCCGGUCUUCUAUUGGCCGGAGCACCCCGAGGGCCAGGGACGUUUGCAGGGGGUGCCCCUGAAGCGGCUGAUUCUGAACAUGAACCGAACGCCUUACGAGCUCCGGGGCUGGUGCCAGGCGGAGGCGCAGUGGUCGUCCAUGCGUUGCUCCUCCGCGCGGCUGGUGCUGCUGGACGGCCUUCCCUCGCUGCCGGACGAGGCGGGGAAGGCGCCGAUGACGCCGGAGACCUUCCAGACACGGAUCGCCCAAGGCUCAUUGAAGUUCACUCACCGCAAUGACCAGGAGGCGGUCACCCGCUUACAGGAGAAGGUCUUCCUGAUGAAAGCUUGGGAGGCUCACGAGUUGGUCUUGAGCCGCUUGCCGCGCUCGGAGAUGCCAGUGCUGUGCGACUCGCUACCCUACUACGCACGGCUGCAGAAGCUCGCGGUGAACUCCAGCCGCCUCUCUGACGAGUUCUUUGUGGCGCUGCAAAACCCGGCGCUGGUCAUCGAAGAGUUGGACCUGCAGGCCAACGAUGCUUUGAGUCUUCAUGGUUUAGACAGCUUCUUGGGCGAGACGCUGAGCCUACGAGACCUGAAUCUCAGCAGGAACUGCUUCGGCGACGCAGACGCUGAGCAACUCGCUUUGGGUUUGGCACGCUGCCAGUCGCCCUUGCGGUGGCUGGACCUGAGCUUCAAUGAACUCGGCUGUCGCGGCUGCACGGCACUGGGCGAGGCGCUGCUGCUGCGGCGCCGUGGAAGCAGAGUUUCGGGCCUCGAUGAGCGUUUCGGGCGUAGCUUCCAAGAGCUGCGCUUGCGCGGGAACCGCAUCGCGAACCCAGGAGCUUUGGCCUUAGCGGACUGUUUGAAACGGAGCGGAGCCCAGCUGCAGGUAGACCUGGAGUGGAAUUUGAUAACCAGUGACGUGGCUUCCGCCUGGGUGGAUUUGCUCGUGCAUCCCGACGGCCAGCCCCGCGCAGUGGGCGCGCCCUGCGCCGCGGUGGCGCAGGCUGUGGCCGUGGUGGCGGCGGAAUGA